AUGCAUUCAUCGCUAGAGCACAUUGAUGCUUGCCUCCCCGUAAUUGCACUUAAAGCGCUGGUGCUGAGGGAUACCAGGCUUCUUAUUCAAGGUCGAGGCCCUUACUGUCAAGUAAUCGACGAGCAAAAUGGAAAGCUUCUGGCAGAGUUGAAAGUCUUUAGAAGAAAUAACAUCCAUGGAUUUAUACUCCUCAGCCAAAACCAGCGUGACCUGGGGUCCGCCUCUAGUCGGCUUGUGGUGUGGGGUGGAAGCUCUUUGAGAGUCAUUGAUCUGUCUCUUGAUAGCAGUGAUGCUUCCGAAAGCAACAAGGCUUCUCUUCGAGCUGUCACUGCGGAGUAUCUGGCUCCGGAUUGGAUCCUGGCCGGAUGCGCGCCUGAGUCUGGUAACAAGGCUGAGCGAGCUUUCGUGGUCACUGCCCAUAAUGCGAUCCUUGGUCUGCAUGUGGUGGAGAAUGUAGACUCCAAAUAUGCUCACGCCGUUCACGUACAGCAACUGGUUUCCGGUGUCAAGUCGAUUCUCUAUUCCGCCGAUGCCAUCUCGUUAUCGUCAUCUCGCGUUUUGAUUGCUGCCGGGACCGUCUUUGGCGAAAUUAUAGUCUGGUCCUGUUUUAUAGACGAAAAUGAAAGCAAUCCCUUGAAGCUUAACGCAGCCGGCUCUAUCCAUCAUUUCUUCACCGGCCAUGAAGGUUCAAUAUUCGGAGUUCGGAUCUCACCACUUCUCAACUCGUUACCGGGGCAUCGAUCUGGACGCCUCCUGGCUAGCUGUAGUGAUGAUAGAACAAUCAGAGUAUGGGACAUCUCCGACUGCGAAAAGAUUUCCCGCCACGAUCGUUCUGCCUAUUCCACGGAUGGAUUUGAGCUUCGAACAACUGGAUUCGGCUCAGUGGCAGCGACUGGCGAUGAAUCCGGUCCAGAAUCGUGCGUCGCAAAAGCCUUUGGCCAUGCGGCACGUAUCUGGGGGGUUCAUUUUGUGCCCACAGCUACACAGGACCAGACCAAUUUGACUAUCGUGUCUCGUGGUGAGGAUGCUACCUGUAUCCUGUGGGAUCUCAGCUGGGGAGCAUCGUGUUCGCCAAAGGCCGAGUUCAAAUUGACUCAAAUCUCAUCCUCUCAUCUACACACCGGCAAGCACCUUUGGUCUCUGGAUAUGAACAGUACCGGGUCACAGACGACCAUCUACACUGGCGGUGCCGACGGCGCUGUCAGAUGUUUCACGAUAGAUGUAAAUGAGAACGCAUCGAUAUCGUUACCGAACAGAGAUAACCGCAUUGUGACCUCAAGCGAUACUCAGAACAUAGUCUCCACUAGGGACAAGUCAUUCAAGGCUUUUGCCUUCGUCUCAUCUGAUCAUUUUGUUGCAACUACCUUUCAAGGCGAAGUUCAACUUGGUUCGGUACAAUCUCGAACCGAUGCAGGACGUCUUAUCUUCAAGGAAACUCUAUUCGUUGAAGAGGACCUUCGUGCUUUCUCGGUCAUUGGCAGCCUGCCACAGAAGGGGUUGGCACUGAUUGCCAAUGCACUUGGUCUGGUUCGGCUCUAUAAUCAUGGCACUAAGUCUUUGGACAAAGUCGCACAAGCGGAUGGUAGACCGCUGAGAAUAUUUCCUCUCCAGUAUGAUGUGGAUGCACAACGUGACGCUACAACUCUUUCCUUCGUUACAUCCUAUGCGACACUGAGGAAAGCGGAUCUCUUCUGCAUCGGGAAAUCGAGCACUGCUGAGCCUCAUUUUACGAAGACGGAGUUGACUUUACCCCAUGGCAUGGAAGUAUCCUGCGCCUCCUGGAUUGAUCACCAGUAUCUGGCUUUAGGAAUCAAGAGUGGUGCCCUCCUGGUGUAUAAGGUUGCAGAGAUGGGAGGGUCUCUCGAGCCCAUCCUUUGCACUCUGAGGAUUCACGGCCGAGAGGGGGUCAACGCGAUUACCCAAUUCUCAACCAUGUUUGGUGAAGCUGGUAGUUUGCCAGACUACUUUAUGACCUGUGGUCGCGAUGGCGACUAUUGCAUCCAUGAGUUGGCAGACGAAGGAGGGUCAGAGGUCCGCAUUCGCACUAUUCAUCGUUCCUCCCCAGCCGUGAGCUUCAACGUUGAGGGAUUUUACAUUGACCCACUAUCCAAAGAUUUUAUUCUUUAUGGAUUCCAAAGCACGGAGUUCAUCCUCUGGAACGAGACAGCCCAUUCUGAGCUUGCCCGCGUGGACUGCGGCGGAGCGCGGCGAAUGUGGGCUUUCCAUCCGAGCAAUGAAACAUCUGGAGCUGGAUUGCUCCUCUGGGUUCAAUCAGGGUUCAAUGCCCUCCAGAUACAACCUAACGUCAACCGCACGAUACGCGCUGGUGGUCAUGGAAGGGAGAUAAAAACGAUGGAAGUGGCCCAUUCGACAUCAGAGAGAGGGACUCUAAUCGCUACAGGAGCAGAGGAUACCCAUCUACGGAUUUUUGCACCUGCAUCUCCUCAUACCGAAAGUUUAUGGGCUUCGUUCAAAUGCCUGCGUGUUCUGAGGGACCACACGGCGGGAGUACAGCAGAUCAGCUGGUCGACGGAUGGGAAAACCCUCUUCUCAAGUGCUGGAUUCGAGGAACUUUUUGUUUGGAAGGUUCGCCAAAUCCCUUCGUUUGGCCUGGCUACUGCUCUAGCAGCCUCUAGCCCCAAAGACGACCCGAUGUCCGAGCUGCGGGUGACGAGUUUCGAUGUGCUGGACGUGGAAGAAGAACAGGCUAAGGGCGGGUUUCUACUUUGCCUAGCGCUUUCGAAUUCAACGAUCAAGAUCUUCCACUAUUCUUCAUCGGUCGACGAGGGUCACUUCACCCUGCUGGCACGUGGCACCUACACCAGUAAUUGUCUCACGCAAGCUCGAUUCUUAGUGACAAGCUCCUCCAUUGGCUUGAUCACAGCCUCCACUGACGGGCACUUUACUCUGUGGCAUUUGAACCCAGUUCUUGAACCUUUCUACUCGAUGGCAUCGUCAAGUGUGCAUCUGAGGCAACCAUUGGAGACGCUCUCGAUCAAUCCAUCGAGCAUCACAUGCGAAAAUCGCUACCAGAUCCAUUCAAACAGUAUCAAGUCCUUGGAAAUGGCACGCAUAUCGGCGGAUACAUCGCUCAUCCUUGCGGGAGGCGACGACAACGCGCUCACUGUCUCUGUGCUCACCGUGGACUUCACCAACACAGAUGCUGGUAGCCAUGUAUGCACAGUCACCAUUCCUGACGCGCACGCGGCCUCUGUCACGACGAUCAAGAUUUUGAAGCAACAACAGCUAGAUGGUGAGGGGAAGGCACAAAUUUUCUUUGCAUCCUCUGGAAAUGACCACCAGGUCAAGGUCUGGUGCGCAGAGGUGGAUGUCCCGCAGAGCGGGUCAGAUGGGGUCAAAGUCAAGAACCUUGUUGAUCAGUACAGCGGUGUGGCUGAUAUCUCGUCGUUGGACCUGAUCACUGACGAGUCGGGGAUGCAGUUGUUAGUUUGUGGCGUCGGCAUGGAGCUGUUUAAAUUGCAGCUGCCCUAG